CAGCUGUCAAAAUAAGAGACGACUGGCACAAAAUAUCAGCAAGAUUUCAUCUGACAACCAGACCAAAGCUCUCUGGUCCAUUUCACACUUGAACAAAUGUACAAAAAAUGGCAACCCUUACCUACAGAAAUGCUUUCUUAUUUUCACUAAUUCACUAGUGAAGAGUGACAGUAAUAGUGUGUGUGUCUGUGUGUGUGUCCUUUCUGAAUCCACAUGCUGCAUAUCUUUACUGGACCCAGUUCAGUAUGGCGCUUAGAAUUGAUGGGCCUGACUUUUCCUCUCUCUGUGUCUACUCCUCCAUGUGUGUCAUUGUGCACCGUAGCUUUCGACUGGUUUUACAAGUACGAAGGGAAGCUCCCCACCCUUAGAAAGAAAGGAAAAGAGAAGAAGCAGAAACAGAAGAACAAGAAGAAGUCGUCCAAGAUGGACACGCUGCCCGGCGAUCGCAAGAACAAAAAGCAGAUGGAGUACGAGCUGAAGCUGGCCAUGGAGCAGGAGGAGAAGCAGGAGCGCGAGAAGCAGCUCAAGAUCAACCGGCUGGUGCAGGAGGUGUCUGAGACGGAGCGCGAGGACCUAGAUGAGUCGGUCAAGGUUCAGCACUGGGUGGAACGGCUCUGUCAGACUCGACUAGAGCAUAUCGUAGAGAGUGAUGUGCAGGAGGUAACUCAAGAGUGCCUACACCAGCGCUAUCAUGCAUGAGUCACUGGGUAUUAUGCAUGGGUGAUUGGAGAUGUGUGUUGUGUGUGCAGCUACAGUAGAUUAGAGUCGUAGUUGAGGGUGAAAGUACUUUUUAAUUGAAUUUUUAGUUGUAUAACCUCAAGUGGAAAAAGUUCAUGCUGCACUAACCUGAAUUUAAUAGAAUGCGAGAGCAGUUGGAUGGCAUUUGCUGGAUUAUGUGUGUGUGUGUGUGGUUGUGUGUGUGUGUAUAUAUAUUAUGAUUAGAUAUCUUGUAAUGUCAACCACUCCAGAGUCCCUGUGUAAUUUCAGCUCUUUGAUGAGACGAUUUCUUUUUAGUCUUUUGAGACUUUCCGGUUUCUCGUGUGGUGUAGAUGUCCACAGGUCCCUCCCCUGCCCACUCCGUGUCCACCAUGCGACGGUUUCCUGGUGGCUUCCAGCUGGCCACCACAGACCUGGACGAUAUCAACCUGGACGACGUGGACAAGAGCCUGAGGCAGCCUCUUAAGAGACUGGCCCCUACGCAGCCAGCCUACAGCCAGCCUCCCCCA